AGACGGUAGUUUGUUAGUUUCUGUAUCUUUUUUAAGUUAGAAUUUAAAUAUCGUCUGUAAGUGGCCCCUGAUAGUGGAAUCUCAAUCUACGAAAACAGACUUUUCACUUUUGUAAUUCGUAUAACAAGAAAACAAAAUGUCACGUCGUCAUGGACAUUCCGGUAUCGGCGAUUCAAAGAUUUUGCAGCGUAAAAUACCUUCAAGUGGGAAGUAUACGGACGUAAAGCCUAGAGUUGACACAGGUUCCAGCAUGACAAGAUAUAUGAAAGGAAUAGAAGAAAUGCAAAGUUUGAGGAUGAAAAAUAAUGAAAUCUUCCGAAGAAUGAAAGCGACGACUCUUGCUCAACUUGUUCUACAAGUUGCUAAUGUAUCAAUGCAAGAAGAAGACUCUUCAAUAUCGGAUCUAGCAUCUGCUCGUUCAGGCGUAUCAUCGGUCACCCUUAACGGAGGUGACAACACAGAUCGACGACGAUCGUCAAGCAGUAAUAACUCCGGACUUAAUGGUUUCCAUGAUGAUGAUGACGAUAAAGUCAACUCCCCUCGAUCUUCUCUACAAAGUGUGAUCCGAGGUGUUGGGGAAGUAGACAUGAUGGACAACAAUAAACACAGUGACAAUGAACUUGCUGCUGCAUUGGAGACCCCAUACCCUGAUUGUCCAUACCUCUUACUUGAUGUUCGUGACCAAGAUGAGUAUGCUGCAUGCCAUAUUGUGGGAGCAAAAAGUUACCCAAUUGCAAUGCUGUCACGGACAAUGAACAACUUCACUCGAGAAAUUCUUGAAUUUAAAAAUUGUCCCGGCCGAAUUAUCAUAAUCUAUGAUGAAGAUGAAAGAAUUGGAACGGUAGCAGCAAGUACGAUGGUGGAACGUGGUUUUGAUAAUAUGUUUCUACUUUCUGGAGGUUUAAAAAUUCUCGCUCAGAAGAUUCCAGAAGGUAUCGUAACAGGGACUUACCCUCUCAGUUGCAGAGUACCUGGCAGAAGAUCAGGGGGCAAUCAGGUAUACAACGGGCCCCCGGCUAACCCUAAAAAAUGUCGUUUUUCCGCUGAUGACCUUGACAGAAUCAACCACUACCUGGAAGAGAGUCUUGUACCUCAAGACACUGGAAGUCGUUUAAGCCGUUUGACCAACACAUCUCGGCGUAGCAAUGUGUCAAGCAAAGCAAGUACCAUGACCAAUGCAUCCUCUGUUAGCAACCGUCGAGCUUGGAGAUGAUUUUUAUCGUGGCAUUUGUUGCUUUACUCGCUCGGUUUUCUGAUUUAAAAUUUCGGAUAAAGUUUAACUUCAAUAUUUAUGUAUGGAAGAGGUUUAUUCUGUAUGUGACAAAACGCUAGUGAUUUUGCGGCAUUUUUUUGGUAUUUUAAAAUGGUUAGUACUAAUUUACAGUUUAAUGUACUUGUUUGAAAAUUGUUUAAUUUAAAAUUUCUGACUGUGUUUUUACGUACAUGCCCCAACAGUGCCUCUAACUGGAGUUCAACACUCUUUUUUUUUUAUUUGUUGUACAAAAAAAAUUCCAAGAAUGUUUGUUUUUUUCGCAGUUUUUUUGUCGAUUUUUGUGAUGUCUUUUCUCACUUGUGUAAAGAUAGAAAG